UCAUUUUUGGACUGGUGCAAAAAACGUCUGCGCAUCGGUCGAUAGCGAAACGGUAUCGAACUUUAGAAUGACCAGAAACUAAGUCCAAAUCAGGAGCCAGGCGGUACAGUAGGAUGUCUAUAGAGGCUGAGGCAUUGCUGCAGGAGGCUAAGGAGAGUAUAGAAGCAGCUCAGAAUUACAGGAGCGAACUACAACAACGCCUACAUGGACUCAGCCAGGCACGCAAACAGGUGCGAGGCAGCUCGUCUCAGGCCAGGGAAGCGUUGAAGCGUCAUUUCUCUGAGCUCCAGGCGGCUGUGACCCGCCUCCUGGCGGAGCGCCUGAGCGUGCUCCUUAGCGAGGUGGAUGUCAUCGAGCAGGACAGCGUACGACCGCUGGACGACUGCCAGAAACUCAUAGAACAUGGAGUCAGCACUGCCGACGAGCUGCUCCGCGAGGGUGAGGUAGCUAUCCGUUGUGGUGUGGGGGAGAAGGAGGACAAGCUGGGGAGUUUCACCAAGAAGGCCCUUCAGAUCCAGCUGGACAGCCUCCCGGAGGUUCCAGUGUUGGUAGACGUGCCGUGUGUGUCUGCCCAGCUGGAUGACUCUCUGCUGUACGCGGUGAGAGAGAGAGUGUCACGCCACGGAUCAGUCUCUUCACACCCUCCAGUCCAGAUAGAGGAACUCCAGGAGAGACCAGGCAGUGUGUUAGUACGCUGGUGUAAGGUGGAUGAUGAGUUUGCGGUGCAGGACUACCGUCUGCAGUAUCGUCGCUCAGUGUCUGGUCAGUACGAGGAUGCCUACAUCGGGCCGGAGCAGGAGUUCCUGGUCCUACACCUGGACCCCCACACUGAUCAUCUGUUCAGGGUGUGUGCCCGAGGGGAGGGACGUACCGAGUGGAGCCCCUGGAGCGUCCCACAGACAGGAUACACCACACUGGCACCCCAUGAGUGGUGUCCAGGCAGUGAGGGCUACAUCCUCAGCAGUAGAAGAAACAUUGCCAUGCGGAGUGACUCCUCCCCCUCUAAAGCUGGGGUUCUCUACUCCAACGCUCCAACGUACUUCUGUGGACAGACGCUCACCUUCAAGAUCUCUGCGACGGGCCAGGUGGACAAGCGGGACAGUAUCGGGUUGUGUGUGGGGUGUGAGGGAGAGGCGGAGUCUCUCCAGAGAGACCAGGCUGUCUGCAUCUCCACCAAUGGAGCGGUGUUUGUCAACGGUAAAGAGAUGACCAACCAGCUGCCUUCCGUCACCCUCGGUUCUGCUGUGACCUUUGAUAUGGAAGUGGUCAACCUACUUCCUGUUAGCAACAAUAACAACCUUAGCGACGGAGGCAACUUCAAGCUGAGGGUUACGAUUGGCUCAGGGAACCGGGAAGUGGUGUUUGAUUGGCUGCUGGACCAGGGGGUGGACUGCCUGUUCUUUGGCUGCUCCUUAGCCCACCCUGGUUGGAAGGUGCUGGUGUUCUGAGGUUGCUGAUUGGAUAGCAGCCCUGUCUGCUGGAGUUGGACUGCCAACCUCGUGCUGUUGUCCUGUCCCAAAUCAACCCAUAGACCGACCCCUUAAACCAGUGGUAUUCAAACCUUUUCAGCGGGGACCCUAUUUUUAUGCAAUCAUUUCUCCUGAACCCACCCCAAAAAUAAUAACCUUAAAAUCGGUACAUUUCGAUUUUUACAUCAACAAAUAACCCUUCAUUCAUUACAUUUUCAUCUCUUAUCAAAAUGAAAAGAAACCUAAAUGUACUCAAAUUGUAUUUUUCUAAUUAUUUCUCAAACGUUUGUAUAUCGUUUCAUACAAUAAUCUGUACUUACUUUUUGUUUAGUGGGGUCGCGACCCCCGACUUUGAAUACCACUGCCUUAAACACUUACCCUAGCCUCUACCCCCUAUAGCAACUUUUCAGUGUUGGGGUCAGUUCCAUUUCUAAAUGUGAAUUCAACUGGCGUUGUUUACAGUAAUGUACCCCUCCUUUACCCACUGUGUGACCCAUCCGUUCCUUACACCCUGGGAAAGGUUUCAGUUGGCCUUCUGCAGCUACCUACGCUUCCUCCAGGUAUGACUUGUAAUGGCUGAGAGCUGUCUUCUCUGGUAUCAGAACAUCUAAACUCCAGUAGCACACCUUUCUCCUCUUGGCACCUGGAUCGACAUAAUGUAUGCAAAGCCCUUUUUUGAAAUGGCUGAUAAGAUAUCCUGCCGUACGAUACAGACUUGUGUACCAGAACUGAACAAUCAUUCCUCCUUUUCAAGAGACAAAUGGCACCCCAUUUCCUACAUAGUGCCCUAUGGGCCCUGGUCUAAAGUAGUGCACUAUAUAGGGAAUAGGGUGCCAUUUUCUGUGCCAAUUUCAGAUGCACAUUCUCUCCAAAAGUCACAAAAUGGUGAUGUUGUCUUUUAAAAUGUGAGAAGAACAAGAAGGGGGUGGUCUCGUUCAGAGAUCUUAGAAGUGAUCAGAGAGAGACGUUUUCCUUUCAUCAAACGUAUGAGCUGCAAAGCAUGCUUGUCUGGUUUACCACAAGACAAACACCACCACGGUGAAACAACUUACUCCAGAGAUCUAAACCUCUUUUCUUUGUCACCCUCUUCUACCAUCUCUCUCGGUGUGAGCAGAACUCACGGUGUGUACAAAGUUCUAGAUCUGUAAGUGUUCUGAAUCAGAUUCCAUUUCAUGCUCUUAAAUGUGCUUUUUAAAAACGUUUUAAUUUGUUUUUGCUAAGACAAUCGUCAUAACAGUAUUCACAACCGUGUAAUAAUGUAACUUCACUUGUAGACAUUGCGAUGUACUUUCAUGUGAAUUGUUUUGGGGGGAACUUGUUCUACUUGUGAGAUGUGAAUUAUAGAGGGCCCGUCCUAAGACACCCUAUUUCCAGUUUCCUCUAGUGCACUAUAGUGAAUAGGGUGACAUUUGGGACGCAUCCUGUGUGUCUGCAGAUAUGGAAUGGUUGAGGUGGUCUACAGAGAGCUCUCUUCAGCAGACUGACUGUUAAAAGUUAAAUGUUUUAAAGAUGUGACAGUUUCUCAUUAACAUGUUAACAGGGACAUGUCUGCUCAUACAUGCUGUAAGACACUGCUUGUAGAUAAAAGGUAUAUCUGAACAUAGUAUGUAGCUGUAUAGUUACUGUGGCAGUAUUGCAGAAAGUGUUGCUUCAAGUCCAAAAUCAGUGAAAGACUGCCAUGGUGCAAGGGUAAGGUGGUGGGAUUGGAAAUGGAACCAGGCCACCAGUUAAGGUACACAACUGUCCGUCUCAUCAUCCACCACCCUCUUCAUGCAAACACCACCCUCUUCAUGCAAACAUCUGUCUCUGAUUCCUGUAACUGUGUGUUCGUUCCAAAUGGCACCCUAUUCCCUAUAUAGUGCACUACUUUAGACCAGAGUCCAUAGGGGCUGGUCAAAAGUAGUGCACCAUGUAGGGAAUAGGGUUCCAUUUGGAACAUAGACUGUGACUUGUAAUCAGGGUUGGGCUCAGUUCCAAUUAAAUUCAGGAGGUUAACUGAAAUUUCCAAUUGAGGAAAAGUGGAAUGUGAGUUGACUUCAUAAAUGGAAUUGACCCCAGUCCUGCUUGUUAUAAGGCUUAUUAUUUUGAGAUCUGUGUAUACCUCAUUGUACCUUCCUUCAGUACAGAAUGAAUGCCCCAGAAAAAUUCAAUAAAUUGCUUAGUCAGUCUA